GCAGUUAUAGCAACAAGAGGAUUUUGAGGCUUUGGUUUCAUGUUAAAAUAUGAUAUGCAGGCUUCUUCUCCUGGUUGUCCUCUGUCUCUUUGUGCCUGAUGCCCUGGGCGCCUGUGCUGAGGUGGACUCCAUGACUGAAGCUGUGGCUGGAGAGAACUUCCUCCUGGGCUGUAUCUCCUGUAAGAGGAGGGAGGAAGUGUCAGCCUGGACCUCUGUGGACUGGCACUUCAGACCCUCAGGAGAGCAGGACUACAGGCACAUCUUCCAUUAUGAGCACCCCACCGCAGACAUCCUCCAUGAAGACUUCAGCGGGCGUCUGGAGUGGCACGGCACCAUGCACGCCGACAUCCAGAUUGGCGCCAUCUACCUGAGCAAUGUCACCUUCAACGACACGGGCACCUACCUCUGCACCUUCCACCGCACGCUCUACCUGCCCAUGAUGAACGAGAAGGUCACUGUGGAGAAGGAGGUGGAGCUGACCGUGGUGGCUGUAGCUAAUCGGGAGCUGACAGCAGUGAUAUCAGAGAUCAUGAUGUUUGUGCUGAUUGUGGUUCUGCAGCUGUGGCUCAUUGUGGUCCUAGUUUACUGUUACAAGAAGAUCUCCGCUGAUCACGAGAGGAGAGAAGCCAGGAAGGCUCUCCGGGCCCAGGAGCAGGCGCUCUUGGAAUCCAAAGACAACUGCGAUGGUGUGCAGCUGGAGUAACCCUAUCUGUGAGGGAAACCUGAGCUGUCCUCCUUGUGUUAUACAGUUAACUGACUGGUCUUAGAAAUGUGCACAUCAGGGCUAUUUGAUACAGCCAAGUACAUAUGACUAAAUACUUUUUUUUCUCUUUUGCGCCCAGUGACUGCAGAGGUGGAGGUUUGUUAUUAUAUAAAACUUGUAAUCUUUGUAAUGAAUGAAUCAACCUGGCAUGAGACAUACUGUAUUCUGUUUUUUUAUAUAUAAGACUGUUUUUGUGCAUUGUCCCUAAUAUACAAAAAUAAAAUUCUAAUUUCAAUCUA